GGCCCCAGCUCCUCCUCUGGGUUGGGUGUUUUCCUGGUAGCUCAGGGCAAACUCUGCUACCGCCUCCAACUCAGGGUCCCCACUCUGACUCGGGCUUCCCCUCAGUCCGCCGGGCCCAUGACAGACCAGGUCAGCGGGAUCCCCACCAGCACGGUCGAGGAAGACGGGAUGGAGGUGGCCUCCGGGGACGCCGGGCCGGCCCAGCUCAACAUUCACAUCCACCAGGAGUCGGCCCUGGCCCAGCUGGUCAAGAGUGGAUGCUCCCUGUUUCAGCGGGGCUUCAAGUCCACCCGCCAAGCCAGUGCCUCCAGAGCCAGGAUUGGACGGGCCCAACUGGCCCUAGGGGUGACCCAGGUGGUGCUGGGAACUGUGAGUGGGGCACUGGGAGUGUUACUCUACUUGGGGCCUUGGAUCAUGCUGAGCAGCACAGGUUGCGCCUUCUGGCCGGGGGCUGUGGCCAUAGCAGCUGGGGCGGGAGCCAUCGUCCAUGAGAAGCGCCGCAGCCGCUGCUGGGGGGGUGUCUCUGUCCUGAUGACCCUGCUCAGCGCCUCCGCGGCCCUGGCUGCCCUCAUCCUCUGCAUCAAUAGUUUUGUGUGGCAACCUGAUGGCUUCUACUACAUGGACUCAGUGUGCGAAAGCCCCAGCCCCACGAGCUGGACCCCCAGGUAUUCCUGGCAGCGGCAGUCCGGGAGCAACUGGAGACAGGAAAACUGCAGGAAGAACAUGGUCUUGCUGGUGAAACUGUUUGGGGCCGUCCGGGGUAUGAUGUUGGCGGUCUUCGCCCUGCUGCUCGCUGGGUCUCUGGCCUCCCUGGGCCUGGGCCUCAGGUGUCUUUGCUGCCGGGCCGACAAUUUGGAGGAAAGAGACAGGACUGAGAAGCUUCUGGCGGGGAACUCGCCCCCUCCAUCUCCCCAUAAGGAGUAGGCCGUGGGGACCCUCCUCCUGUGACCGCUGGACCCUCGGCCAGGAGCCACUCGGGGUCUCUUCCACUGCCGGGACCCUCCUGCCCUUGUGGGUCCUGGGGCCUGAGGGAGCAAGGGGUCCUCGGGAGGGAGGGAUCGUAGCCCAGCUAAGAGGGGCAUCUCUGGGCCAGGGGAGCUCACCCUGAGCAGCCCGCCCCGUCCCACGCCUCUCCCACGCACCCCCUGCCUGUCCCCACCCCCAAACCGUGCACAUCUCCACUCCCGGUUUUUUCUCUGCCCCCUCACUCCUCCCACCAGUGGAUAAUAAAUCUUCUUUCUGCA